UUUCCCUAUAAAAAACCCUUUUAUUCCUCUCAAACAUCACCACACUCACACACCAAACCCAAGUGAUUAAGAGCAUUAGUAACCAAAAGUCAUUUUCCAACUUCCAGAUGGCUUCCAAGGUUGCUAUAAUCCUUGCCCUAAACAUCCUCUUUUUCACUGCUGUAACCUCCAACUAUGUUCCAUGUCCUCCACCACCCCCAACAGGUGACAAUCACCACCACUCACAUCCAAAGAAUCCAACAUGUCCUAGAGACACAAUUAAGCUUGGCGUGUGUGCUGAUAUAUUAGGUUUGAUUAAUGUUCAACUUGGUAAACCACCAAAGACCCCAUGCUGUUCUCUCAUCGAUGGUCUUGCUAAUCUUGAAGCUGCUGUGUGUCUUUGCACUGCUCUUAAGGCUAAUGUUCUAGGGAUUAACCUUAAUCUUCCUAUUAAUUUGAGCAUAAUACUUAAUUACUGUGGAAAGGGAGUUCCAAAGGGAUUUGUUUGCGGUUAUUAAGAGACACUGCUACUUAAUAUGCCUGUGCUGUGUCAUUAUAUAUUCGUUAUUCUUCAUAUGGUGUGUAGAUUUGUUUCUGCUAAUGAACAUUUCGUUCAUACUUGAUUUAUUUGUUGUUAUUACUAUAUAAUUAUUGUUGUGAUGGUUGGAAAUUGAAGAAACUUUGUCUUCUUUUUCAGCUUCACUACUGAUUAGUCUUCUGUAUUCCAUGUAAGUGAAAUUUCUUGUAUCGAUAAAAUUCUCCGUUUAAUAUUGGUGUGUUUUGAUCUA